GAGCAGAAUUCUGCGCCAAGCAUGGAGACAACCAGCUACCAUUUAGUUCGGCAGGACAGGAGAUUCGAUAUAAAAAUUUAUUUUAAUAAAUGGUUUUGGUUAAGGUCACGUUCGUUUUGGAUUGCAGGGGCUGCGCUUUAGCCCAAGGUCCAUUUUGUCUUGACUGCUACCAUGGCUAACUCUGUAGCUAAUUUGUUAGCUACAAAGAAGUCAUAUUCGGGAAGUAGCUAGUUGCCUAAUGUGGUUAGGGAUGCUGUUGAAGUUUGUAACGGACGAAAUUGUUCUAUAGUUAUUGCUGCGUAUAUAAAGAAAGGCUCGGUGUCCUUGUGACUUUUUAUACCUUCUAAAUAAUUUAUCUGACCACACCAGUUAGUCUGCUUCAGCUGGCAGUGAAUUUUUAUCUCAUUUAAUAGCUAGCUAUUUAGCUAGCAUGUAAGUACAUAGGCUGGCUACUUCCCGUCGCAGUUGUUUUGUAGUGGGCUAGCUAGUUUGUUACAGUGAAAGCCUCCUCAAUACUAAUUUGAUCGCUUAUUGGAAGCUUCAAAUUUGUUCAUUUCUUAAGGUAACAGAUAAUAGACGGCUAACGUGUAGUUGGUGAUGAAAGUAUCGCGGGUUUGGUCAAUUCAGUAUCAGGAAAGAGAACCACAAGAGGCAACAUUACAAGCAUCAAGAUGACUCUGCUGAAGCAGAUGCUGAAGCUCUGAAUAUAUACAGCAUGUUCUUCAUACUGGUGAAUUGCAGCCCUUCGACUGAUGAUCUCUGGAUGUUCAAGUCUCCUGACUGAAGAUGUAAUGCAGUGACUCAUGGGCAACAUUCAAAGACUAUCUGACUGAAAGAUUUUGUGCAAGUCAAAGGACCGAUUUCAACACAUGGAUCAUUUUACUGAAGAAGAUGACGUUUCAAGUAUGAUGGAUUCUGCAGUAAUUCCUUCAUCAGAAUUGAACUGUGUGAAUUCCGUGGCAAAUGCUGUGCAAGACACAAAUCAUGAAACAAGCCAUGAUGGGGAAAACCAUAUUACGCCAGAACAAAUUACUUUUUCAAAAAGUAGUUCACCUGUGUUUGAUAAAUCUUUAUAUGGGUCAGCAAUAGAUCCUGCUUUAAUGGCUGUAACUAGUCUUGAUGAUUACUCAGAUAUUAGCAGCUGUUCUGAAGCAGAUUUUGGACACAUUUUGAAUGUCUUGGAAAGAAAACCUGACCAGUCUUCUGAGUUUCAGGAAGCAGGGAAUUCUGGGCAUAAAAAUGAAUUGGAAAUAGAGGCAGAAAUUGAUGAAUCUACAGAAAAGCAACAUUAUCUGUGUAGAGCUUCUCCUGAGACAGAGGGUGAAGGACAAAGUGCCAGUUUCGAUAAUGUGAUGGAUGCUGAUAAUCGGGUAGAAAGCUCCCUCUUAAAUCAUGAAUAUCAGUGCUCAGCUCUGAAGACCACAGAAGGUGAAAAUGGGUGCCCUUUGGAAACCGAGGAACAAAUAAAUGGAGGAUUUCUUAUCCAGACCACAAACUGUGGUGUUACUGAAAGUAGUGAGAAUUGCAAAGACACGACUCAAAUAAGUUCUUUUUGUGCCUUGGAUUUAAAUGGUGCACAGCAGAGUACAGAAGAUACUGAGAAGAAUACCAUUAGCACUGAAAAUAUAGGUGUACAAAAUGAUUGCCACUUAAAAGGGAACACCCCAUUUGAGGUCAAAAACAAUACUGCAGAAAAUGAAUCAAAACAUGAUGUUAAAGACACUGCUCAUGAUAACGAACCGGAGUAUGACAGGACAAAGAGCAGUCAAGAGGUUGAACGCAGCAGUUUUGAAUUCUUAGAGUCCUGUUUUGGUUUGAUCAGUCUGGACAAUACAAAAUUAGACCAAAAUGCUGCUAACUGUUCAUUGUCUGGGAGUAUAAGUCGGCACUCCCAAACCUGUGAGGUUAAUCAUACACAACCCCCAGUUCUUGUAAAAGCUACGCUUGAAUCUGAACCCAAUGGUCAGAUAAAAGAGGCAGCAAAUGACUGUUUGUCAUCUUACAGUAGCACAUCUUUGUCUCAGGAUCCUGGACAGCGAAAUGAGAUGUUAGAAGACCAAAUCAUUAUGGGCUUAGCAAGAACUGAAAGUACCUUUGAUGCCGGAAUUGAAAACGGGGCUUCCUUGUUAUCCUCUAAGAAGUUAAUGAAAAAACUACAGCCCGUCGUUGUUAUGAAGACAACUAAUCAUAAUACUAAAGAUGGAAACAUGUACAUUUGUUCUGUGUGCCAGAAGAACUUGCAGAAUUUGGAUGAUCUCAUUGAACACCAUCAUUGUCAACAUUUUAAGCAUACCUUUCAGUAUUGCCUCACCUGUGGAGCCUAUUUUGCUACUGGAACAUUGGCAGCACAGCAUUUGUGUGAACAAAAAGAUGUGCAGCUGUCUGAUACAGUAUUGUCAUCUACUAGGCAAGUGACUGAGAACAUUAAUGCAAAAUACCUAUGCAAGUACUGCCAAAAACCAUUCGUUAAAUUGUCUUACUAUCAAGAUCAUGAGCAAAAGCAUACAACUGUAACACCACAUAGGUGCGACCGCUGUGGCUUAUACUUCCCGAACGCGAAAAAACGCAUUGCUCACAAACGAAAAGUCCGAUGCACUCCUUUGAUACUAAAGCCCAGUGAACAGGGCAAGAAAAAUUCAGAAAUGGACCCAGAAAAAACAACUUUUACAUUCAGAGUUGAUUGUCAGAUUGGGAUCCAGAAUUGUUUUGUGAAACUUGUAGACAUAAACAAGAAGAGGCCAUCUCCACAAAAAAUAAAUUGUUCUGUUUGUGGAAAAAACUUCAAACUCCGAGCACAACUGAAAGUACACCUUAGGUCACAUGCAGAUACAAAGCCUUUUAAGUGUAGUAAGUGUAAAAAGACUUUUAAAUAUUCCUGGAAUCUUGACAAACAUAAAAAGGAGCAAUGUUGUGCCACAAAGCAACACAAUACUGAACCAUCUAUUACAGGUGGAGUUUUUGGUAGAUUUGCUUGCCCCACUUGCCCACAGAUUUUUAGGUACUCCUACAACCGAACCAGACACAUGCGACAGCGGUGUUUGAAAGAAUAUACGCAAAUAGGGAAAGGAAAAGUGGGAAACCGGUAUAAAUGCCCCCUGUGCAAUAAAAUGUUUUCCAUGGCUUGUAAUCGGAAUAGACAUCUUAAAAGCAGAUGCUUUGAGCAAUAUAAAUUACAGAGGACAACAAGCAAAAACAAACUGAUCAAGGCAACUGUCAAAGAAGAAAAAGAGGAAAAGCAAGUGCUGCCAACAGUGAAUUUGCAAUGUUAUAAAUGUAAAGUGUGCUCAGCUUCAUUUGCACAUAAAUCUGGAGUCUAUAGACACAUGAAGAAACACACAUUACUUCAGCGUUCUACAGCACCAGUGGGAAAACAUGAUGGCCCUAGCGAUGUGAAAGAACCAGACUCUAAAAAUAAAGGCCCUCAAACAGAAGAGUGUUUGAGCCCAAAUUCUUCCGAUAUGGUCCCUAGUCCCCCUAUCCUUUGUAGAUUCUGUGAUGAAAGCUUCACUUCAAGCGACUUAUUGAAGAAUCAUCUGCAGCUACACGUGGGAAAGAAACCCUUCCACUGCUUGGAGUGUGGUAAAAAUUUUGGAAGGCGUGGACACUUAAUAGCGCACAAAAAUGUUCACAAGCGAAGGAUACAGUGUUCUGUCUGUAAAAAAAUCGUACCCACUAUUGGAGAUUUGUUGAAACAUAGACAGUCACACAUAAAAAAGGGUAUGCUUCAGUGCCCUGAUUGCCCAAUGCAGUUCAAGUUUCCUGUGUUCUUGCUCCGACAUGUUGCAAGUCAUACAAAGAAAGAAGCCGUGCCGAAAUCACCGCCAACCAAAAAGUCUGCAGAUGACUGCAAUAAGAGUGAAGCAGAACAAGUGAAAGAAUUAAGGAGUAAUGAGGAGUCCUUUAAUUGUGGAAUAUGUCAAAAGGCAUUUGUUGGUUCCAAAGCAAUGAGUGAACACUGUUUAACCCACCUUCCAAAACCUUCUGUUUUCAAGUGUCCAGUUUGCAAACAUAAUUUCACAAGUCGAGCUGUACUGAUUCGGCAUUUCCGUCUGCACACUGGUGAAAAACCUUUUCCCUGCAAGUCUUGUGGAAUGCAUUUUCAGCGGAAGGAACCUCUCAGACUUCAUGAAGCGAAAUGCAAGGGACCACAUGAAAAACCUUUCUCUCCAUCAUCAGCCCCAGCUCAAACACAACCGAAACGUGAAGUAACUGCAGUAUCAAAGUCAGGAAAAGUUUCAAAAUCAUAUACAUGCUCAUACUGUCCACAUAUAUUUACCAUGUCGGGUAAUUUGAAAAUGCACGAAAAAGCUCACUUGGCUAACAAUCUUGUGCCAUGUUUAAAGUGUGGGAAAUAUUACAAAAAGAAAAAGAUCUAUGGACAUCGGAAAAGCUGCAACGCCAAGGAAUCCACAUUGGGAGAGGCCUUCAAAAGUGAAAAAUCAGAAAAAGCACAUAAGAGUGAGUGCAAAGGUACCAAUUUAGUUGUUACAAAUGAAACAUGCAGAAUAUUAAAAGAAAUAAAGAUGGAGGAUCGUUUUAAGGAGCGAUGCCCACAUUGUUCUAAGCGUUUCCAGUUCAGAUCGUACUUACUUAGACAUCUUUAUUCUUACAUGGGAAGACAAGAAUUUGCAUGUAAGCAUUGUAACCAGAAAUAUAACAAUAAGUGCUCCUGUCAACAGCAUGAGACCUUAUGUGAUGGUGUGUUGAGGCAUCAUGAAACAGAAAUAUUGUAUGAACCUGAAGAAACCAAAAACAAGCCGGAUGUGCAGAGUACACCCAGUCUAAAGGAAUGCACAGUAAUCGUUGGAGAAAAUGGCGAGCAAUUGAAGUGCAAUUUUUGCACAAAAACCUUUACAAAGCCUAGAUCUCUCAGACGGCACAUUCUUACCCACACGGAAGUUAAGCCCUAUCGUUGCAAGAUGUGUGAAAAUUGUUUUUCUCGACAUGAUCACCUGAAAUAUCACCAGACACGAUGUAGAGGCAAAAAACAACUUGACGUGACUCUUGAACAAACUGCACCUCACCAUGUUGGCACUCAAGCCAAGAAACAGACACACAGUAAUGUUUUUGAAUGCAGUACUUGUUUAAAGACGUUUUCUGCCCACAGCAACUUAACAAGGCACAUUUCCAUGCUACAUUCUACUUUCAAACCAUUUUCUUGUAAAAGAUGUGGUACUGGUUUUACCGCUAAGGACAGUUUGAAGAGGCACAGCAUCAGGGCGAAUUGCAAGAUGUCCUCAGAAGAGUGCCUGAAACCAGUAAAAAUGCCAACAGAGAUAAAUACUCAAGUUGAGUCUUGCAGAGAAACGUCCAAACUUGUGCAACGUAUAGAGGGACACUACUCCAAUAAAUGGAAGUUCCCAUGUGAGUACUGUCCUCGCCGCUUUAAAAACCAAGCGCAAUUAAAAUUGCAUACUCGUCUUCAUACAGGGGAAAAGCCAUUUGGAUGUGCCAGUUGUGAUGAACGUUUCAUCAGAAGAGACUAUUUAAAACGGCACUUGACCAAAUGCAGUGGGAAAAGACAAGGUCCUAAAGUGCUUUGUGACAAAUGUGGGGGAUUGUUUACUCAGGAAGCUCUUGAAAUACAUCAGAGCAACUGUAUCAUCAGCAUAAAAUCCAGUGACUGCCCUGUAAAUGUAAGCAGUAUUUCCAGCCCUUCAACGAUCAAGGCGUUUUCCUGUGUCAGCUGUAAUGAACGCUUUUUGUUGUUCUCCCAGCUUCAGCAACACAUUUUAGCAAAUCACCGAUCUAAUGAACUAAAGCAGUCAGGUAUCCUCAAGUACGAGAUGUUAUCAAGUAAUUUGCCCAUUAAAGAGGAACCAGUAGAUGAUAACUGUACUGAGAACUUGCAGACCAGCUGUCAAAUGUAUGCUAACAAUGGGCAUGAAAAUCCUGAUGAUGAAAGGGAGAAACCAUUUGAGUGUGAUCAAUGCAACAUGAAGUUUAUAACCAACAGCGGGCUUGGUAUGCAUAUGCGUACUCACACAACAAUAUACCCUCUCUCUUGUCAAAAAUGCAACAAGGGCUUUUUGAGCAAAAAUGUACAAGAGAAGCACAUGAGAAAAUGUAAGGGUUUGGAAGGCUCAAAAAUGGAUUCUGCCACAGCAGAUGCAGUUUCAUCGGAAUUAGAGAGUUCUAAUGAUGAGGUCCUAGUCUUUAAUAAAGGCUCCAACACAACAGGAACUGGAGUACUCCAGACAAAGUUUUCAUGUAAAGACCAGGAUAAAGGAAAUGCAGAUAAAGGAGAUACAGCUGUUCACAAAUAUCAAUGCUCUGAAUGUGAGCAAAGUUUUACUGAUGGGCUCUUGCUUAUAAGUCAUCUUGAGGCUCAUGGACGUGAAGACCAGGAGCGUAGAUUUGGGAAAAGCCAUCGAUGUCACAUUUGUGGUAAGACCUUCGAUCAAGCAGGCAUGCUGCAAAGACACGUGAAAACCCAGCAUCAGGAAACGGCUAAGAAUACCUGCCCAGAAUGCUUUAGGAGUUUCCGCUAUCCCUCUGAUGUGGACAUACACAGAUCUUGCCAUGACCCUAAUCGGCCAUUUGUUUGCGACACGUGUGAGUUGAGGUUUUGGUCUUCUAAAGCCUUGACUGCACAUCAAAGGCUGGCUCACCCAGCCAGUGAACCACUUAAAACAAUCAAGCCUACUGUGAAACCUGAUGGAUUGUCUCCUAAAGUAUUUACUUGCCAUCCCUGUAAUAAAGUUUACACUAUCAGAAGAUCUUAUAUGAAACACUGCAGGAUUAAACAUAAGGGGCAUUCACAAAGCGUUGAUGACCUUAAAAGUGCUACCACUGAACAUCAGUUGAGCAACAAUGAAUCGAAUGGAAGUGAUGCAGAUGAUAAAGAUGUUAGUGAUGAUGAUUCUGACUCUGCCCCUUAUUUUCCUUGUCAUGUCUGUGGUAAAACAUUCCUGACAUCAGAAAGUCUCGAGGAUCAUCAAAGAUGCCAUCUUGGUGAAAAGCCCUAUGAGUGUGAAGAAUGUGGCAAAUGCUUUAUUCAGCUUGUAAAUUUGCAGCAGCACCAACGCAGUCACAAAUCUGAAUUUCAGUGUCAAAUGUGCGGUAAAGGUUUUGUUUCACUCUUUGCAUUGCGCAAACAUAAGCACACUCAUGUUAGAAAACAUCCCCAUCGAUGCACAAAAUGUCAUUUAAGUUUCACACGGUCUUCACAGCUGACAGAACAUAUGAUUACACAUCGUGAAGAAAACUUUCCCUGUGACCUUUGCCACAAAAACUUUUCUUGCCAAUCAAGCCGAGCAGAGCACCGGAAAAUCCACACGGAGGCAGAGGAAGAGCUCCCUCCUUUAAUUCCUCCAGCAAAGCAGACGACUUCAUCUCCACCAGUUACGAUCAGCCCUUCAUUAAGUACUGUUCAGCAAUACAAAUACUGCUGUGAAAUUUGUCAAGUGCGAUUUACAGAUCCUGAGCAGCUCUCGGAGCAUGGCUGUAAUCCAGCAAGAGAGCGCCCAUACUCGUGUAAAGAUUGUAACAAGUAUUUCUUGCACGGUUCCCAUCUUAAAAAACAUCAGCUCACUCAUCAGUUAUCUAGAUCUCGGUCCUUUCAGUGCAAUAGUUGUCACAUGAGCUUCAGUCACCGCCAUCACUUCCUGACCCAUUUGCAAACACAUGGUGGUGAAGAACCUUCCAAAUCUCAAGUUGAUGAAGUGAAAAUAUCGAACACUGAUGAUAUAAAUCAGGACAAAAUUUACAGAUGCCCAAUAUGUCCUGAGAGUUUUUCUCAAGUGUUGGAGCUGGCAAAUCACCUUUCUGUUCAUGCAAAUAUGUGCAAUGUUUGUAACAAGACAUUCUCAACUAAGCAACAACUUGAGAAACACGAACAGUGCCAUUUGUCUGCAGCUACGCAGUACGAGUGCACAGAAUGUGGAAAGAGCUUCCUUGGAAGCGAUGCCUUUCGCCAACAUUAUUGUGUUCACCAAAAACAUCUUUCGUCCUCGUCAACCACUGAUCGAAAGAGACGUUUCGAAAAAUCUUCUGAAGUACUCAUUAAUAACGAGGAAGAGGAGGAGGUUGAUGUCGGAGAAGACUUUUAUAAUUGCCCUACCUGCAACAAACGAUUUCCUUCCAGCAUCUCUUUACAGGAGCAUCAAAAGUUGCAUGAUUUUGACCGUCCUUUCAAGUGUCUGGUUUGUGGAAAAAGCUUUGCCAAAAAGAAGUAUCUUACACAGCAUCAGCAAAUACACAAUGAGCGGCCUUAUCAAUGCGAUUUGUGCUCCAAUUCCUUCAAAACAGAACAGGCGCUUUUGUCCCACCGUAAAACCCAUGAUGCAGAUCGUAAAUACCGCUGCUCAAUUUGUGACAAAUCCUAUAGAACACCGUAUGAUCUAUCAAGGCACGAACAGAAGCAUCCUGAAUUGCAGAAGUUUACCAAAGUAAAUGUUGACCACAGAUGUGAUAUGUGCUAUAAAUCUUUCAGCCUGCUUUCUCAACUGAGACAGCACCAAGAAACUCACGUUGGGCAAGUUGUCUAUGAAUGCACGGAGUGUGACAAAGCAUUUGCUUUUCCACAUCUUUUAGAAGAACAUCAGCAGACUCAUGGGACUUCAACAGAUUCUUUCCCAUCUCAGUCACCAUCAGACAUUCUCUUUCAAAGCCCAGUUAUGGAGUAAAGUGUACUGAAGAGUAUUUCCUGCAAUGCAGGUGAUUCUUAGUCAUUCAAUUUUCUGAACACAUUCAAACUGUAUAGUUUCUUAACUCAUGUUGUCUAUAUUAAGUCAUAUGCUUGUUUCCUAGGUUUAUUUCAGUAUUCUCUGAUAUGUACAUACACAAGCAGGUUGUUUUUACUGCAGCAAUUCAGAGAACUACUUGACUAAUUUCUAGCGUUUAUAGAGAUCUCAAGAUAUGUCAAUUAUUGUACUAAAAUUAAGAAAUGGAAGUGGGUUAAAAUUUGCAUGCUAGGAAUCACUGGCAGGACAUGCUGUGUAAAUGUUAAAGCACCAAAUAGUAUAAUUAAUUUGGUUUCAAAAGCAGAAUUAAGUAUCCAUCCUUAAACCUUUUACCUUUUUUUUUUUUGGUAUUUAUUCAAAGGUUUUUGUUCAUUUGCAGACCCAAGUUUUGAAUUGAUUUUAUUUUGUAGUCAUUUUGUGUCCUGUCCUAAUAAUAACUGUUUUUUUUUUGUUUUUUUUUUACAUAUGUAACGAACAGAGUCGACAUAAAAUUGAUAGGAUUGUUUGUUAGUUUGUAUGUUCAUAUGUGAUUCUUGGUAUAUACUGUUUUCUUAGGAAUAUUUUAUUGUGUUUUGUUGAUAACAAUUACCCCUUUCAUUUGCUUAACGGGUGGUUAAGAGCACCUACCAAGCACUUCAUGACAUGGUGUAGUUGCAACAUGGCAAGUGACUACAUGUGUUUCUAUGUAUAUAUCUAAGUAUUCAUAUGUAACUUCUUUUUUUUUAAAACAAUUUUUAGACAGUUAUGGUGUAUUCAAUUUUCAGACUUGGACAAUAAAGCCAUUUGAAUAUA